CCGUAUUUUGGGGGGCCCCGCGGUCUACGAAAAUGUUGAUUAACUUUUUACGGAAUGAUGAUACAUUUUUUUAGUAGCAAUGAUUCAGUUUAAAGGAGUGACAAAAAUCAUCAAAGUAUUAUUAUUUAAAUUAUCUUAUAAAAAAUAUAUAAUAUGUAACAGCGUUUGUAAAUAAAUAAUUCCUUGUUGUAAAAUUUAAGUGUAGGAUUUGAAUGUGAAUUCAGGCCCCGCAAAAUUGUUGAACCCGGCACCGCAAAAGGUCACGCCGGCCCUGCGCCUUAACUUAGAUCACAAUUUGAGAACCUCUGAGUUAGGGGUUCGGGGGUAAACGUGCGCCUGAAAGAUGGCAAUUUUCUUAUUGUCUCUCAAAUAGGAAGAGUGGUACCUUACACACGAAUUUUGAUGUUACUUUAAUUGAAAAAAAAUGACUGAAGUGAAGAAAGAUGACGUCGUUAAAAUUUUACAUACGUAUCCUUUAUGCAGAAAAUGCGAUAUGUCGGACGAAAUGAAACAAGAAGCAAUGGAAUUGUGCGUCACCGCCGCGGAAAAAUAUGCGGAUAAUUACGAAAGCGUUUCACGAAUGAUCAAAGAGACGAUGGAUAAAAAAUUCGGCGCUUCGUGGCACACGGUCGUGGGCGAAGGCUACGGAUUUGAAAUAACUUAUCAAUUGAAACACCUAUUAUACAUGUAUUGUGCUGGGAAUUUAGCGAUAUGCAUAUGGAAAUCGGCAUAGUGAAAUUAACGAAAAUUUUAAAACAUCUUGAAUAUAGAAACAAUCGUACAAAUCGUGUCUUUAUGAUUUCACGAACAGAUUACUACUUCAUAUAAAACAAUUUUCGUUUGAAGUAAUAACUAAAGCUAGCAUAUUAAAAAAAAAUUGUACAAAAUAGAUUUCCUCAAAAUCGUAAUUGAUAACGUAUAUAUUGACGAAUUGACAUUUACCAUGUGCUAACAAGACAAAAAAAGAAGUAUAAAUUAAAGCAUUAAACGCGAAAUCAAUGAAAAGAAUUUUAUACUUUUUCUACAAAUAAAAAUGUACAAUAUAUAGACAAAAUGAAUAUAGUUAUUUUACUAUUCAUUUUAUUUUUGAAAUAACUUUAUAGCAUAUUAAAUAAUUUGUUUUUAUUUGUGUUAUUGUUUAAUAAUAUUUUUUUAUGGAGUUCAAUUUAGUCAUAAUAUUUAUUUGACUAUAUAAAAUGUAAAUUAUUGUGUAUAAACUAUGUAAAAAAUAUUACUAUUGUGUGUCCAUGGUUUGUAUGUAGUACAAUUCAUACACACAAAAAUUGUGCAAGUAUAAAUAUGUGUAUAAUUUUUAUUUACAAAAUUUAUUGUUUAUGUUCUUUAAACGUUGCAAAAGUGUUUACCUCGAUUGUUGUGUAAUGUUAAAUGUGUAAAAUAUAAUCUAUUGUGUAUAAAUAAUUCUAUUAAAAAUGUAUCAUUGGUACAUAAAUACCCAUAUACCUUUUCUAAUGUAUUAGUUUUAUAUUUUACUGUAUAAUUGAUUCUAAUAUACGUGUAUAUUUGUUUCUGUUUUCUGAUAUGAAUUAAUUUAUAAGUUAAAAACAU